AUCCGAAGCCAGCACAGCUGUAGCACUUCCGCAAGGUGACUGUAAAUACUUCCGGCUGUGUAGACAACGAGGCCUUGCCACUUCAUAUCCACCACUCAUGCAGCGGUGUCUGACUCUCACCUUUGCCCGAUACAGCAAACUCCUUUUGAAGAAAAAAAUUGGCUCUUUCCACUGCCAGCAAUCAGCAGCGAUGUCAAGUUUACUCAUCAACCAGCCUAAAUAUUCUUGGCUGAAAGAGCUGGGUUUAUCUGAGGACAACCCUGGUGUUUACAAUGGGCGCUGGGGAGGCAGUGGGGAGGUUGUCACAUCAUACUGUCCAGCUAACAAUGAGCCUAUAGCCAGAGUAACCCAGGGUACUUUGGCAGAGUAUGAAGAAAGUGUCCUGAAGGCAAGGGAGGCCUGGAAGAUGUGGGUAGAUAUUCCAGCUCCAAAGCGAGGGGAAAUAGUGAGACAGAUUGGGGAUGCGUUGAGAAAGAAGAUUAAAGUACUUGGAAGCUUGGUGUCUCUAGAAAUGGGCAAAAUCUAUGUUGAAGGAGUGGGUGAAGUUCAGGAAUAUGUUGAUGUCUGCGAUUACGCCGUUGGUCUGUCUAGAAUGAUUGGCGGGCCUAUCCUUCCUUCAGAAAGACCAGGCCAUGUUCUUAUUGAACAGUGGAACCCUGUGGGCCUUGUCGGCAUCAUCACUGCCUUUAAUUUCCCUGUGGCUGUCUAUGGCUGGAACAAUGCUAUUGCUCUCAUCUGUGGUAACGUGUGCCUCUGGAAAGGGGCUCCAACUACUCCUCUUACAAGUGUUGCAGUUACCAAGAUUGUGGCAGAGGUCCUGGAGCAAAACAAUCUGCCCGGUGCUAUCUGUUCCUUGGCCUGUGGUGGCGCAGAUAUUGGCAGUGCCAUGGCAAAGGAUGAACGUGUGGAUCUCUUGUCCUUCACUGGCAGCACCCAUGUUGGAAAGAUUGUGGCCACAACGGUUCAAGAACGAUUCGGACGCAAUCUUCUGGAGCUUGGUGGAAACAAUGCCAUCAUCGCAUUUGAGGAUGCAGACCUGAACCUUGUGGUGCCCUCUGCUGUCUUUGCCUCUGUUGGAACCGCUGGCCAGCGUUGCACUACAACCAGGAGGCUGAUGCUGCAUGAGAGUGUCCAUGACGCAGUCGUUGAGAGGCUCACCAAGGCCUACAAACAAGUCCGCAUUGGAGACCCCUGGGACCCCAGCACCAUGUAUGGUCCAUUGCACACAAAACAAGCAGUGGAUCAGUAUUUGGCUGCUAUUGAACAGGCCAAGAAGCAGGGUGGCACCAUUGUUUAUGGAGGAAAAGUAAUGGACCGUCCCGGAAACUAUGUGGAGCCCACAAUCGUUACAGGACUGGCUCAUGAUGCACCCAUUGUCCAUACUGAAACCUUUGUCCCCAUUCUUUAUGUCCUCAAGUUCAAAACGGAGGAAGAGGCAUUUGCAUGGAACAAUGAAGUGAAACAAGGAUUAUCCAGCAGCAUCUUCACUAAAGAUCUGGGUCGAAUUUUCCGCUGGCUAGGACCCAAAGGAUCCGACUGUGGUAUUGUGAAUGUUAACAUUCCCACAAGUGGAGCUGAGAUUGGAGGAGCUUUCGGUGGGGAAAAACAUACAGGAGGAGGAAGAGAGUCAGGCAGUGAUUCCUGGAAGCAGUACAUGAGGCGCUCCACGUGCACAAUAAACUACAGCAAGGAUCUUCCUCUGGCUCAAGGCAUCAAGUUUGAGUGAGGCCCAACAGCUGUUUAUCGUUUAACCUUCAAGGACAACACUAAAUAUUUUAGUAGUAGUGUUGCAAACAUGUGUCCUUGUACCUUGCAUUUAGAACGGUCAGCAUUAAAUUGAUGAGUUUGGAAUAAUUUUGAGCAUGUCGUUUGAUUGGGGUUGUAGACCCUAAGCCUUAAAGAUUGUUUGAAUAGUUUAACGGUUAAGUCGAGUUCACUCCAAAUGUUGGUGUUGUCCAGAUGCAUUUACAAAAUGAGCAUCAUGUCUACAUUACUGUACCACAUACUGCAUGUUGUAAAAUAAAAAAAAAACUGAAUAUAUAAACUUGUAUCUUCAAAGAAAA